ACGAAACACAAUUGAUUUGAUCGCAUCCAAAGGUGUUUCUGAUUGCAUUCAUCGUGAGAUUUAAUGCGUUUCAUAUUUUGGAUGAAGGCAAACAUUUUUUCCCGACAUAUUCACAUUGACCUCACGGCAUUUAUCAGCACAGUUUUAAUCCUUAUCAUCCCAUUCGAAUCUCCCACCACCAUCGCAAUCAGCCAUGCAUCCUUGGUUCAAUGAUCAAAAUCAAUUCACUAUAUGAACAUCAACGGCCCCCAUCGCCACUCAUUGCAUUUUAACGUGUCUUGUGUUCGUCCUCUAAACAUUUUUAUAACGAAACAUGUCUGAACAAAACAAUCAACAAGCCUGCGUGCGUAUGGAGUCCGUCGACAGGAUUACCAAACUUCCGCUCGUGGAAGGCACCUGGCAGACCGGAAAGAGCAUCUACGACAAGGUGAAGGACUACAACAGCAUCACCAACUGGACGAUGUCCACUGCCGAGAGUACCGUCAGCAAGGCCGUCGAAGUCGGCAUGCCGUACGCUACUCCGGUCGUUCAGAAAAUGGAGGGACCCAUCAAGAAGGUCGAUGGUAUGCUGUGCAGCGGCUUGGAUUUCGUCGAAGCCAAUGUUCCAGCUGUGAAGAUUCCACCUGGAGAGCUCCUUUUGCAGCUGUACACUUCAACCAAGGAGUACGUGGCCAGCAAUCCGACUGUCCAAACUGCUUGCGCUGUAGUGCAGCCCAAAUUCCAGACUGCUAAGAACCAGAUGGAACAAGUAGUCGAGACUGCCAAGACGACUGUGCAGGGAGCCAAGAGCAUGGUCGAACCUGCAAUGAGCACCGCCAAAGUUAUGGUAGAGCCGUACGUUCAGUCUUCUCUGGAGAAGGCUGCCGCCCUCAGGGAUUACGGAACGCAGAAGAUCGAAGAGUACAUGCAUGCUGGUGCCAAGCAAGAGCAGAAACCCGAGGCGGAAGAAGAGAAGAAAGAGGAGGGUGGAAGCAGUGCUCCGGAAUGUAGCGAUUGCCAAUAAAGAAAUUAGUUUUCUUAUUACCUACUACUUACUAAUGUUAUAAUUUAUUGUGCUAUUUUUUAAAAAACUUAGU